UGGACAGAUAUGUCAGCCGACAACUUGGAGGUCGGCAGCUGUCGGCCGGUGACGGGGGAGUCGAAACCGGGAAGAUCCGCAUCACUUCUCUCCUAACGAUAGAAAUACAUGUGGUCUCUCGUUUCAAUCAUACUUCAAACUUUCAUCAUUAAACUAAUAUUUCUUUCUUAAACAAUCAGAUCGGUUCAUAAUGUUUUAUUCCUAUAAUUAGUACUAUUAUACUGUUCUUCGAUCUCCUUUCCAGUUUCCAAAUCCAUUGCUAACACCUUUCGACCUAAAUUCUUCUUCCUUCCCUACAUCCGUACACUUUUUAUCUUGCUAAGAUUUGGGGAUAAUUCGAAUUCAAUUGUGCGGUUUUUUUUAAUCUUCUUAAAAUGGUAUGAGAGGUACCGAAAGUGGGGCGUUUUGUGUCACAUUCGUAUACGAGGAACCCUAAAUUGAUUGAUGUUGUUUUCGAGUAUAAAGUAUUCAUUUGGUGAAGCCUCAUCAUUUGAUGAUUCUGUUUUUCCUGAUUAGAUAACAGGUAAUCUGAAGUUCUGUUAUCAUCCAUCUCAUCAUCUGCUGGUUGAUGUAAAUCAUGGAGCAUUCAGAAAUUGAAGAGAACUUGUUUGCACUUGGUGAACCAAAGUUACAUGGAGGAAUGUGCACAACGCUCUCCUUUAUCUAUGUCAAAGUAUUGGGCAUCUUUCCCGACCUUGAAGCAGCCAGACCUAGAAGCACUUCAGGAAUUCAAGCAUUAUGUUCUUUGCAUAUAGCAUUAGAGAAGACAAAGACUAUUCUUCAACAUUGUGCAGAAUGCAGUAAACUUUACCUUGCUAUAACAGGAGACUCUGUUGUUCUGAAAUUUGAGAAAGCAAGAUCUGCUCUAGAAGAUAGUCUUAGACGAGUUGAAGAUAUUGUCCCACAAUCAAUAGGUUGUCAGAUUUCUGAGAUUUUAGGUGAACUUGAAGGAAUAGAGUUUUCACUGGAUCCAUUAGAGAAACAAAUAGGCGAUGAAAUAAUUGGAUUGUUGCAAGAAGGGAGAAAUUUAAACAGCAGCAGUGACAUGAACGAGUUAGAAACUUUCCAUCAAGCUGCAUCAAGGCUUAAUAUCACUUCUUCAAGAGGAGCUCUUCGAGAAAGAAGGGCUCUGAAGAAACUUAUAGAAAAAGCUAGAAUUGAAGAUGACAAAAGGAAAGAAUCCAUUAUAGCUUAUCUGUUGCAUCUCAUGAGAAAAUACUCAAAAGUAUUCAGAAGUGAAUUCUCAGAUGAUAAUGAUUCACAAGGUGGGUCAACUCCUUGUUCACCUACAGUCAAUGGAUCUUUCACAAAUGGUUUCGACAGACAGCUGUCAAAGAUGAGUUCUUUUAACUUCAAACCAAACUUUAGAAGAUCCGGGCAGAUGUCGGUGCCGCCCGAAGAACUGAGGUGCCCGAUAUCAUUACAACUGAUGUAUGAUCCGGUUAUUAUUGCUUCCGGGCAGACGUACGAGAGGGUUUGCAUUGAGAAAUGGUUUGGAAACGGGCACAACACCUGCCCGAAAACUCGCCAGCAUUUGGCUCAUCUUUGUUUGACUCCUAAUUACUCUGUCAAGGGUCUAGUUGCUAAUUGGUGUGAACAGAAUGGAGUUUUGGUGCCCGAAGGUCCACCGGACUCCCUGGACGUCAACUACUGGAACAUAUCUUUUUCAGAAACCGAGUCUGCGAAUACAAGUUUGGUUGAAAACAUUGGAUCCUUUAAUGAGGGAGAAAGAGAUGGAGAUGAAGAUGAAGAUGAAGCUGAAGCUGAGGUUCUCCCUGAGCGUUUUUUGAGUGUUUUGGACAGGGGGGAUGAGAGGAAGAAACUUAAAGUUGUGGACCAGAUACGACAUUUGUCGAAAGAUGAUGAAGAGGCUCGAAUCUUUAUGGGUGAAAAUGGUGUUGUUGAAGCUCUAAUACGUUUUUUUGAGUCAAGUGUGCAUGAAAGAAUGAUUGUUGCACAAGAAAGUGCAGCCAUGGCUCUCUUCAACCUCUCUCUUAAUAACAACAGGAACAAAGAAAACAUGGUAGCGGCCGGAGUACUUCCAUUGCUGGAGGAGAUGAUCAGAAAUUCCAGUUCUCCGGCGGCGGUUGCCGCCCUGUACAUGAACCUCUCCUCUUUAGAACAAGCGAAACCCGUGAUCGGUUCAAGUGAUGCGAUUCCAUUCCUGAUCCACAUCCUCGAAAACGGGUCGGAAUCGGAAUCAAAAUCCGACGCCCUUCAUGCUGUGUACCAUCUUUCAACCUGCAAUUCCAACAUCCAGCGGUUGGUGUCAUUCGGAAUCCUGAAUGCCGUUCAGCCACUGAUGGAUGACCAAACAUGGAGUGAGACAGUGAUAGCCGUGUUGACCAACAUGGCUAAUAACUUAGCCCUAGCCAGAGAGGAGAUGGUAUCGGCUCAUGGCUUGGUGAGUGGGCUGUCAACGGUUCUUGAUGUUGGUGAGCCGAUGGUUCAGGAGCAAGCUGCGGGUUGUCUCUUGAUUUUGUGUACGGAAAAUGAUAAGUGUAUUCAGAUGGUGCUUCAAGAAGGGGUAAUUCCAUCUUUAGUCGCGAUUUCGGCUAAUGGAACAGUCAGGGGGAGACAAAAGGCAGAGAAACUGUUGAUGCUGUUUAGGGAGCACCGCCAGCGGGAGCCACCGGCGGAUCGUGGUGGUGGUGACUCGCCGGAGAUGGGUGUGGGUGUCGGCCGGGUUGAUGAAGAAGCAAAGGGUUUGAGUAAGUCGGUGUCGGUGUCAAGGAGAAAAAUGGGGAGAUCUUGGAGUUCUUUAUGGAGAAACAAGAGUUUCUUAGUGCACCAAUGUUGACAUCUAUCUCUAUGUCUAUAACUUUGUUGCAACUUGUAAAUUCUUUUAAUCUAUUUUACUUUUAUUUAUUUGUUAUAUGCAUGAAUAUAAUAAUUUAAAUUUCUUGUACCAAGGACAGUCGUGACAUUUUUCCAAAAUAAAUAAAUAAAUCCUACUAGAGAA